AUGCCUUUUCCCGGCUCUUUUCCCGGCUCUUUCCCCGGAAAUUACUCCACUGCUGAGUUAGGAGUGUUCUGGGACAUGUCGGAAUGCGAUGUCCCUGAUGAGCUCAACGGUGCGGAGAUUCUGGAGAGGAUGAGAAGCUCCAUUUCCGAUUCUGGUCAUCGUGGUCACGUCUCGAUCUACGCUUACGGUGACUUGACCGGUCAUCAGUUUCCCUCUGACGCAGGAGUCAAGCUCAACCACUUCCCCGCAGGACAGAAGUAUGCGAAGGAGACGAAGAUGGUGGAGGACGUGGUGGCUUGGUCAGCUGAGAAUCCGGAACCGUCGACGUUGAUGCUCAUCACCGGAAGCGUCUCAGAUGAGUUGACCGAUGUUGCCCUCCUUCUCAAGUCUAGGAAGAAUUACCAGUUGAUCUGUGUAGAACCAGAACCCACCCCAACUGCGGUGGUUCUGAUUCCAACUAGGUCUGGUGGUGGCAACUAG